AACAAGCACCAUAUAGAAUAAGCAGAUAAACCCUUAAACGAAUGGUCCGAUUGUUCUAAUAAAGCAGCUAUGGCCACCACCUCACGUAUGCAGGAGCUUGGUGAAGCUUCACGGCGCAUGAUCGUCAUUUUAAAGGCGUGCUGAGUGACGUCAUCCGAAGUGACGGAAGCUGAAGACAUGAGCAACCUCGCACUGACCGGCUGUGCACAAGAAGAUUUGGCAUGUUAUCGAAUGUUUGCAAGUGACCUUGGACUGUGAAUGACUUUAGAAAAACCCAUCACUGAAAUACAAAAGAGAAAUAGAAAAAGCUGCUGUUCAGAUUACAUCUAAAUGGAUAUAAAAAAGGAGACUUAUGAGGCUGCCAUAAAUCCCAGAGAAGUAAUGGCUGUAAGUAUUAAGAAGGAGGAGUGUGAGUGGGAGUGCAUCCACCCUCAACAGGAGAGUCUCUGCAUUAAGGAGGAGGAGGAGCAGGACUGUGAGACAGGGUUAGUGAACAUUAAAGAAGAGGCUGAAGAGACAUCUGUCAGCAUUGAGACAAACAUUUCUAAAAGUGUGCAGAAUGUCAAGGAAGAGGACCAUCAGUGUGGGGGUGAAGAUGGAGCAGUGACCGGGUUAGUCUCCUCUCACAGCAGACCCUGUGCAUCAUCAGAGCCAUCUGUCCUUGUGAAGUCUGAAUCGUCACAGCCUGACACAAAGAGGACUGAAGACCCUUCAUCCAUUAGAAUUCAGGAAGAUGAGCCGCCAACUACAAAACAGGCCGAAAAAAGAGACAAACCUCACUGUUGUUCUGAAUGUGGCAAACAAUUCUAUCGCAGAAGUGAUCUUCAGAGCCAUCUAAGAAUUCACACUGGAGAGAAGCCUUUUUGCUGUUUGGAAUGUGGCAAAGAGUUUUCAAGAAAAAGCCACCUGCAGAGUCACAAAAUAAUCCACACUGGAGAGAAGCCGUAUUGCUGUUUGGAAUGUGGCAGACAAUUCUAUUCCAGGAAGUCUCUUCAGACCCACAAAAGAAUUCACUCCGGAGAGAAGCCAUUUUGCUGUACAGAGUGUGGCAAACAAUUCUGUGACAGGAGUCAUCUUCUGAGCCACAAAAGAAUCCACACGGGAGAGAAGCCAUUUUGCUGUUCGGAUUGUGGAAGACAGUUCUCUCACAAGAGUACGCUGCACAGGCACAAAAGAAUUCACACUGGGGAGAAGCCAUAUUGCUGUUCGGAAUGUGGCAAGCAAUUCCGUGAUAAGGGUAGUUUUGAGAUCCACACUAGAAUCCACACUGGAGAAAAACCAUAUGGCUGUUUGGAAUGUGGCAAACAGUUCUGUCACAAGAGGAGCUUUCAGUGCCACACAAGAAUUCACACAGGAGAGAAGCCAUAUUGCUGUAGUGAAUGUGGCAAACAGUUCUGUGACUGGAGUCAUCUUCAGAGCCACAAAAGAAUUCACACGGGAGAGAAGCCAUAUUGCUGUACAGAGUGUGGUAAACAGUUCUGUCACAAGAACACUCUGCGGAGACACAAACGAAUUCACACUGGAGAGAAGCCAUAUUCUUGUUCAGAAUGUGGUAAACCAUUCCGUGAAAAGAGUACCUUUCAGAGCCACAUGAGAAUUCACACUGGAGAGAAGCCGUAUUGCUGUUCGGAGUGUGGCAAACAAUUCUGUCACAGGAGGAGUCUUCAGUGCCAUACUCGAAUUCACACUUAAGAGAAGCAUAUUGCUUUUUGAAAUGUGGCAAAUGAUUUUGUCACCAUCAUAAUCUCCAAUGCUGACAAAAGAAUUCCCUCUGGAGAGACAUUGAAUACACACAAAGGAAAUGAAAUGGCCUGAGAAUCCAUGCUUAGAGCACUGGUGCAGACGCCAAUACCAAACUUUUGUUUUAAACAAAGUACAGCACUGCAGUGGGAUAUGACUGAGUGUAUACAGUAAAUGUGUUACAAUCAAUGCAGCACCGAUAGAUGACACCAAAGUGGCUUACUAUAGGAACAACUCUCUGACUAUCUUCAGACCCACAAAAAAGUUCACACAGGAGAGAAGCAGUAUUGCUGUACAGAGUGUGGCAAACAAUUCCGGCAAAAAAAUUGGUUUUGACAUCCACACUA